CGUUUCUGCGUAUGAACUCGUCGCGAUGACCGAAUCACCUCCGAGUGUGUCAGGCACUGAUCUCCAGUCUUGGAUUCAUUUAUAUGUGCGAGGUACAUCCGUCGAGACGUCAGUGACGAGAGCUAAUACGAAGACUGCGAGUGAGCCCUCUUUUUUCCACAUCCCUUUUAGGGCAGAUUCGUCGCCAUGAUGAAACCAAGCGGUGGAAUUGUGAGAAAAUGCACAGAGUUUCUUUUGGUUUUUACUCUGGUGAUUUGCGGCAACGCUGAAAAUGAAAACGGAAACUGCAUUGCCGCGAACGGUCAGGAAGGCAGAUGUGUUCCUCUUAACGAAUGUCCUUUACUCCACUCCAUGUAUACGGAAAUUAUAAACGGCAAUGCCUCCAGUGACACCUCACAAGAAUUUGAAAGAUCAUUUUGCCUGGAUAGGUUACUUCUUUGUUGUCCAGCUUCGGAACCUCCUACGACACCUGUUACCAGAACAUAUUCAGCUCAGGCCGGUGAGUUUCUACUCCCUAAAGAAUGCGGCGUGAGAGCCCUUGGCGAUCGCAUUGUCAAUGGCCAAGACGCAAGCCUCUACUCCUGGCCUUGGAUUGUCCUCCUGAGGGGACGAGGAGACGGCAGAAGGUUUUGGUUCUGUGGAGGCUCUCUCAUCUCUGACCGAUAUGUGUUGACAGCGGCUCAUUGCUUCACUGAGAAACCAAACCUAAAAUUGGAAAUCGUAAGGAUCGGAGAACACGAUACUUACAGCGACAUCGACUGUGAAAAUCACGUGUGCGCCCCUCCUGUCCAGGACAUCACGGUCGAAGAUAUCAUACUCCAUCCCAGACACAAAGAAUCUUGCACGAUUUGCAACGACAUCGCGCUUCUGCGCCUGUCCAGGGCUGCCUCAAUGCACAGUCCUUUCGUGAACAGCAUCUGCCUCCCGCUUAGUUCAGAUGCUUCCCUACGUUUUUCGAACCAAAACCUAGAGGGCACCAGCGUCUGGGCCGCUGGAUGGGGCGUAACGCAUCCUGAUAAUACGUCUCCAGCCUCAGUGCUCCAGGAAGUGAAAAUUACAAUCCAGGACAAUGGUUUUUGUCGUGUCAUGAAGAGUGACAACCCCAACGGUUCCACAGCUUUUUGUGCAGGAGGUGACGGUAGUGAUACCUGCAAGGGUGACUCGGGCGGACCUAUUACUGUCACCUCUCCGGAUAGUCUAGUGUACCUCGUCGGUAUAACAAGCGCUGGUUCAAGUAAGUGCGGAUCUAGAAACACUUUGGGGAUUUACAUCAACGUCUACGAAUAUGUCCCCUGGAUCCUGAGCAACAUGAAGAUUUAAGGUGUCGAUGGAAAAUACGUGGUACUCGUUUCUACGCUCUUAAGCGGGCAAAACGUGUGAGGCACUAUUGUUCAUAGUUCUUUCCUCUCUCUCUUUCUCUCUCUCUCUCCUAGGGGAAGAGGACUCUUAAAUUGCCAAGGUAAUCCAUUUCAUUAUAACGUGUGUUAGAUGCACACAGUAAAAAGGGAAAAACUACAGCACUGCAAUAUUCAAUACAUCGCGAGGACAGUGAUUUAUUUCGGAAACUUACUCGCAAAUGCAUUUUUUUUUCAAACCUGUCAGUAAUCUGUUACCAGUAACUGCUGUUACCAUUAGCAUAAACAAAAUUUCUGUCGGUAGUUAUUUUCCAUGUGCAAAUUAACCUAAAAAGAUUUUCAACCAUCAUGGAAUAGGAUUCUAUUCAAUACUUUUAAUCAAUGAAAAUAGAUUAAGGAAUAUAUUCUAAAUCAGUCUCUGUAUCUGUCUUAGAGUAGUCAAAUAUUUUUUCAUAUAUUUUGAAAAACGUUUCCCAUCAGUCUUUUACUGUGUUUAGAGAGCAGUGUCUUUUUAAAAAACGAUCUUAAUCUCUUGUCGACCUGUGCUGUUAUCAAAUGCAGAAUAAAUGUUCUUAAAGCAACUCCUUGUUU